AUGUGGAUCUUUGCCAGUCGGCAGGGGGAGGAGGAGGAGCGGUUCGGCAAGGGCAGAGUCGAAGGCGAAGUUUAUGAGACUGCCAGCCCGCAACUGCGCGACGGUAGACAACCUCCUCGCGCUUUCCAGCUUCCGUCGCGAAUACUCUAUACAUCCCUGUCGAGCCAACGUAUCACCGUAGCGAUGCUCAGAAGGGACCCGUCGCAUAUCCAACUCAACGACUCGGACGUGCAGGACAUCCGCGACUACCUGGCUUUCAAGAAGAGCGCCGCGAACGCGCAGGCCGGCCAGGAUCCCCUCACCGUAGCGCAAGGGAGCGCGAGCAUGGCGCCUCCGCCCGUACCGGGUCAGGCACAACAGCUUGCGCAGAUGCCUGUGAACGCGGCGGAGGAGGCGAAGCGCAGGAGGGAGGCGAUGAGCAAAGAUCAGCGGCUCGGGUUGUGA